AUUUAUUUUCCCCGUAUUUUUAACUCAACCUUUGGCAACUCAAAACAUAUUGCGAUAAAAGAAGAAACAAAUUAAAUAAAAAGAGGCAGAAAAAAUAGGGCAGAAAGUGAGGCAAAAACAAAAUAGAAAAAGCCACAGACGUAGCCUCCGGUGCAUCUGCCAAAGUGCAAAAUGAAAAGUCAAAAGGACGACAAACUGAGCAACCUGAAGGACCUGGUGCCCUUCUACAAGAAAGACAAUGAAAAACUGAAUGAAAAUACAGAGGACAUUGUAUAUUCAGUAAAAAAGAAAUUUAACUUUAUCAAGGAAAAAAAGGAGACUACAUUUAAUAAGUAUGAAAACACCAAGGUGAGGCUAGAAAUGGAUGGAAGCAAUAUCCCUCCAGAGAAGUCAAAUGGGAAAAACCAACGAACCGACGGAGAGGCGGUCGCAAAAAGUCUGGAUCUCCUCAAUCGAGAAUUAAAACUCAACAAGAUUUCCCUCGUGCAACAAAAAAUUGAACACGAAGAGCUCAAGACGAAGAAUGAAGAAAUAUUAAACAAAUUUGAAAACCUCAAGCAUUCAAAGUACACCUACCAAAUUAUGUUGCAACGGCUCAAGAAGGAAAAGAAAAUGCUGUACUUCUACUUAAACUCCUUGGAGAGAACAGUCACGAGCCUUAAAAAUAACGAACGGCAGCUGCACAAUGCGAUUCAAAAAAUAACUUCGGAAAAUAAAAGUUUAAAAAAAUCCAUCGAUGAGAAAAAAACGGAAAUCAUGAGGGCGAAAAAUAAAAAUGAAGAAAUCCUCAAAUAUAUGAAUGUCAACAAGGAGCACAGCAAUAUACUCAGGAUAAGGAGGGAAAUGAUCAGCGAAUACAAAAACAACAAGCUGCACAACGCAGACAUAGCGCUCAUGGUCGAGGAGAAAAAAAAAUUCAAGAAGCUCCUCAUCUACUACCUGUUACACAACAACUACUUAAAACUGAGCGCAUCCAACAUCUUCGAAAAUGCAAGCAACAUAUAUGCCACCAUAUCCAAGCUGAGGGAGGCAACCGGAGUUACAGAUAUUUAUGACAUAAACCAAAAGUUCCAAGACAUUGAGAAUAAAAAGAAUUUGCUGCAAAAGGAAGAGGAGUCAUCGCAGAAGAAGCUCGAGGACGCCAUUCAGGAAUACAUACACCUCAACAACGACAUCAUAAACACAUUUUCGGAGGACAAGAAUAUACUGAAGAAUAAAAUUUUAAAUGAAAAGGAAAAAAUAUCGGACGACAUGUAUGACAUGUAUAAGCUCGUCUUUGCAAGCGAGAAGGAACUGGAAGACAUCAACAUCAAGCUGGACAAAAUAAAAAAAUUCUUAGAGAAACAAAACAACUACUUUCACUCGAUUAACAUGGAAGAUAAAGUUGAAUUUCACUCGAAUGAAGAUAUGCUGCAAUACAUCAAAAAUUUAAAGACAGUCAUAGAGAUCCUCAUGCGAAUAACUCAGAAAAACAGAGAAAACGGAAACAUCAGCAGAUCCUACAAAUCUUUGGAGUUUUUGGAAAUUAUCAACCUGUACAAGAACGUCGACUUCCAUAAAAAUAUGUGCAGAGUUGACGACACCCUGGACCUUGAAAAUUCUAUAAAGCUCGAGUCGAAAAUUCUCGCGAAAGGGAAGCACAUGUGA